UUUUUAUUAUUAACAACAAUUAUAUUAUUUGCCACUUUUUAUUUAGAGGUUGUAAGAAUGCUGAAGUAUUUUGGGGCUUCAUGAUGUCUUUUGGGGGGAAAUGCUGUACCUACAGGGGUACACGAAAGGGUUUCAAAAGGAUAUAUGGCAGAAUUUAGGCUGGAUAACCUUCCAAUUAACCUUCCAAGAAGAGGUACACCAUUAAGUCUAAACUUUCAAAAGGAGCAUAUGGUUAUUUUAAGUUUGGGAAACACUGCAUUAGCAACAACAACAACAAAUUUGUACCACACCCAUCUGACUGGGUUGCCAUAGUAAGGCAGGUAUUCAGCCACAGCCCCUAAAAUCUCAGGAAUUAAAAAUGCCCCAGGAAUACUGAGUAGAUUGAUUAAAAAUAUAAAAUGAAAACAGGUGAUACUUCUCUAUAUGUUCAAAAUGCAGUAACAUAGAAUAAAAAGGAAACUAGGCUUGAGAGCCUCGUGUGGAGUAGCAGAAUGUUUAUUUAAAAUAUUUUUUUAAAGCUCUUCAAUGGGUUCCAGAGUUGUGUUUAAUAGAUUUCUAGAUAAAAAUAUUAAGAGUAUUUGUAGUCCACCAAGGGGUUUUACAUUCUUCAAGUAAGAGUGCAUAUUGGGUGCAUUUGGAAGGCAUAACUAAUACUCUGGGAAGAGAGUUCUUGCCAUUUAACAACAAUAAUGCAUUGCUUAGUAUUCAGUGCAAGAAUUGUGAUCUAUCCUUUUCACGCCCCAGUAAACAAAUGGUAAUAGCCUUUUAUAUCAAGGUUGUUUGGUGCCACAGUUUAUUUUCUUCGGGACUUAAGUGUAUAUCUAAUAACAGGAUAUGAUGAUGUGGGCUUCAAUCAACAAAAAGUCCACCUUUGAUAAAAGAAAUCGAGUCUGUAAGGUUCCUCCAUUUUGUGGUUUCCUCUCAAGUGACUGUAGCCUAGAAGAUGGCGACAGGCAGCAGUAACAGCCAUGGUUGUGAUCCAGCUUCAUGCUCUGAAGUAGAGCAACCACUGCCAGGCCAAAUUCCCGAAACGGAACAGUCACGGGAUGCUGCUUCCUGCCUUAACGCUGCAGAAUGGAUGCUGAAACGUUAUGGCACAUUCAUACCUGGAACAUCAGGCAGUUCCUCAGGCUCUUGGAAGGUUUUGGAAUCAAACAAGGAAUCCGGCUUCCUUGUUCUUACCAUAGUUAUUUCCGGCCAUUUCUUCAUUUCCAGAGGAAAGGAAGUAAUGGAAGGUUUUUCAUUAAUUGAUGCUUCUCAAUGGCUGAAGAUAGUUAGAAAUGCAGAUUGCAUUUUGUUUGGUUCAAAAACAAAGAGCAAACACCGUAUGUUUCGUGUUCAGUUUAUUGGAGACUCCAAAACACAGGCAGAGGAGAACUGCAAUAACUGUGUGCAGAAGCUUGCUGAUUAUGUUCCCGUUCAAGUAAUGGAUGCAGCAAGACAGGAAUUGCAACCAGUUCACAGCCUGCUGCUAGAUAAUGAGCGUCAGAUGAAAGAUGCUGAGCAAAAUUCACCAGUGGAGCACAUUAUUGUAAAUCAACCUCCAGCACAAGAAAGAGCAUCUGUAGCAGAGCUAGCACAGUAUGUGUUGACAUCAAACAUAGAGCUUCCUCUUGCAUAUCAACACUCCCAGUGGAACGCUGAAGAUCUAGGCAGUUUCAUUCGAUUGUGUCUCUUGGAUCAGAGCUUCCCAGCAUUUGUGCAAGAAGUGGAGAACCAGUUGAAAAAAAUUACAGAUGAGUAGGAAGCAAAGCAAUAAAUUAAAAUGUAUUACAAUGAGAUAAAUUCAAUAUAGAUAACUGAGAAAGAGUACCAUAGCUAGUGGUUUUAUUUUUUAAAAAGGUUAUCCAUUUAUUACACUUCAGAAAAUACACACAGGUUUUAGAGGUAUGCAUAAAACAACAUAACUUUAAAUUGCCAUGAAAAAAAUUGCUUUUUGUUAUUGUGGCUGAAAGGACAUUAACCCAAAAGGGUCUUUUAUAAGAAUGUAAAAUCUUAAUGGAGAAAUCCUGCCUCUACCACAGUGUCAGGGACCUGGGUCCCUCAGCUUCACUUGUCUGAAGUAGCUGUGUAUUGUUUCUUUAAGUUCUUUGCUGCCGCCGGUUCCCUCGGAAGGCUUCAAAACCUCAUUGUAAAGGGGUUUAUUAGGCUUGGUCAUGAGAUGGACUGCACCACAAGAGACAGGAUAAAAACUGGGGUUAUUAAGGGGAUUAUAUCUACAUAAGGGGCACCCACACCACAGUUAGGACCCAUCACACCAAAAAUUGAGCAAAGUCAUAUUUCAGUCAAACACCUUGUUUCAGAAUGGGUGCUCUGCAUCCAAAUGUAGAUGAAGAUCACCACCUCCCACACAGGAACCCUCAUGUUGAGUUGAGAUCAACGGAAUUGAAAUCUACAUUAAAGUCUCUCUCAAUGGACAGUAUUGCUAGAUUACUCAGUCUUUCUUGGCUCAUUGUAGAUCUCUGAUAUGUUUUAAUUAGUUUAAGUUUUGAGAAACUUCUUUCACAACUCGCUGUAGAAACAGUGAUAGUAAGAAAGAUUCUUAAUGUGACAACAAAGUUAGUUAAACUUUCUUGCAGCUUCCACUUAUACACCCAGCGAAGCAAAUCUAAAGCUGAACAGUUUGCAACCUGCUCAUCAGGAUUGACCUCCUUAUACAAGAUAAUGUGGUGCUGAAGUCGAGUUAUUUCGGUGAGCAUAGAUGCAGCAUUCA